UGGUGGAGAGAGGGUUUGUUUUGAAUACCACGCGAUAUGGAAUUGGAUCUUUUUUUAGUCGUGUGUGCGUGUGUGUCUCCCGUUCACCACGCGCAGACGAACAAUCGAAUCAGUUCUUAGUUGCGCGUUGCGUGCGUACUUUCCCCCCCGUUGGUGGUUAGCUGAGCCAAGUACCUUUCCAUUAAUCCGAUCUCUACGCUCCAAGCAAGUGGUGGUGGCCGUGCUGUGAACAAAUUCGUGUACUGCGCGUUGUGUGCGUCGUAGUGGCGGGCACAAGCGGGAACGGUCCCUCCGUGAGAUGGUGCACUACGUGGUGCGCGUGGAACGCAUCGGUUACGGGCAGGGCGAUAAAGAGCAGCAACGUUCACGACACCGGAGACAAGCAAGCACCAUGAUGGGACACGGCGGCCCAGUAUCGUUGCACAAAGCAAUGGAACAGGGAUGUCUUUGUUUGCUUGCGGGGCGCUAACGUUUUCCUCGUGAGAUAUACGGCACAACAGCACGGAAGCGGUUGUGGAAAAGCUGAAUCACUGCGUAUCAGGAAUUGUCGCACUCUCCCUCUCUCUGUCUCUGCGUGUCCUCGCAGCAUCAAUCGAAACGUGAACCGUGUUACUAGAGCAGGUAGUUGUGAUGUUUUUCAUUCGAAUGAAAAUGAUGUAGUUGUACGGUACGUACGGUCACACCUUCCGCGGAGGAACGCGCGAUUGUACGAGCUCAACGACGUACUCUGGUGACUGAUAUAGUGGUAGAGAUAAGACAAGUCAGCCAGUCAGCAGAUAUCACAGCAGGCUCGAAGACAUUAUCAUCCCGCCCUGUGCUUGGGUUUUUGCUCCCGCUGGGACCGAAUAGUAGUGUGAAACCGUACAGGUGGUGUUCCGUUUCUGGUCCGGUGGUUCGUUCCGGCUUUGUAUCGGUUGAACCGAGAAGGCAGGAAUUUCCACAAUUUCUAAACACAUACCCACCCAUUAGAUAUCGCGUGGAAUGCAGUGCAGUGAUUUACUGUAGGAUAAACCCUAUUGAGGAUAUUUCCCUAUUGAGUUCCGAUAAGAAACGGUCCACCAAAACACCGUGAGAUGCAUGAAUUCGAGAACAAAAGCAUGCACGGCGUCAAGCGUGUGGUGGCGUUCUGCAUUCUGACCGCCAUCCUGCCGGCAUCGCUCAUCAUACUGCCGCUCUACCUGCGCCACACGGUGUUUGCGGACGUCGUGUACCCGAUCGCCGAAUCAGACAUUAUCGAAAUCCGCGAUGGAAUCUCGUCCGUCUUCUGCCAGAAGCACACGCUGCAGAUGAACAGCACGUUCAACGCGUUCCAGCUGGACCACGAGCCGGAAGUGUCGAAGAACAGGAAGCACAUACGGUUGAAAAAAUCCAUGUCCCUGCCGGACGAUACGCUCGAGUACUGGGGGUUCUAUCUGCUGAAGGGGGCGACGGUUGCGCUGAAGGUUUGCUCCCGGUACGAUGGGUCCCGCAUCCUGGUGGUGAAGGGCGAGCGGAACCUGCGCACGUGCGGUUUGCUCGAGCAUAAUAACAAUAAGAUCGAUAACUACCUCAACAAGGAGCACGGUCAGGUGCUGGUCACGUUUGAGUCGGCCGCCGAGUUUAUCGAGUACUCGGGCGAGCUGCGGGGAACGCCCAAUCUACCCGCCGACGGGAAUCACGGUGGAGAAGACCUCACGGAGGAGCGCCUUUCGCCGGAAGAAUCUGCCUCGAUGCUGCAUCGCGUGCACACCUCGAAGGAGUCACGCACCCGGCACGCAGCCCGAACCACAGACAACGAGCUGAACAAGCGGACAACGGCAGCGUACGAUACGUCCGGACGGAAAGCGCAUCACGCUACGACGAAACGUAUCGGCCGUCCGGUGUCGGUCACGAUAAAAAAUGUACAAACGCCCGCCAGCACAACGACAACGACGACCAGCACCACCACCGAAGUGCCCACCAGUACGACGGAAAAUCUCGUCAAGAAGUAUCGCAACUUCCGCGCAACCGAGGCAGGCCCGUCGGCGGAAGAGUCCGUGGACGAUGGUGGCAGUGGGCAGCACCGGAGGCGUCACAGUCACAACAAAACCGGCCACCGGCAGCAGUCGAACGCGGUCGGAUCGAAGGACCAGGAGCAGAUUGUGCAGCCGGACAGUGUGGAUCGGUCGGAGCAGCCGAACGGCAGAAGGGAAGGGCGUCGCCGCAGGAGACGCGAUCUGGUGUACGAUCGUGCGAUCAACCAUGGCGGCACGGCAAUGAACUACUCGAACAACACGUCCGACUCGGUGUCGAGCUUCGAGAACAGUUUGCUGUCCUGCUACGACGGUGACAUCCUGCUCGCCCACAGCUUCCCACCGAGCAAAUCGUGCCAGAGCGUAAAGUACCUCGAGGGUGCGUCGCACACCGUCACGAAGCACGAGGUAGUGUCGGACGGGUAUUACUAUUACAUCUUCUACAGCGACAACGAUUACGUGCAGAACGACAUCCACGCGAUGUUCGACAUCUACAAGCCGACGUUCCAGUACUCGAACAUCUCGGACUCGAAGGGUUGCAUUAACAGCACGCACUGCUCCUUCCCGAUCACCUUCUGGUCGAACGAGCGCGUGAUCGUGGAAGUGCCGACCCGGGACGGUAUCGAGCACGAGGAGGACGACAUUACGCUGCUCGUAUCGACGUGCCAUCCCCGGAUGGCCAUCUACAUCAUCUUUCCCGUGAGCGUGCUGAUACUGGUGUUGACCUGUGCUUUCCUGUAGGGGGGCCAUUUACCGCUGGGCGAUCGACUGCGAGGAUGAUACACGCACAUACGUUGGACAGGUGCCAUAGCAUGAGUGCCGGCCACCGUUGAAAUCCGGUGAAAUGUGCAAUACGACGGCGCGCAGUUUGGCGCGGCUCAUUUACAUUAAGUGCAUUCGUUGAUUUUGCAACCACAUAGGAGGGGAGCGAACGUUGAUACAAAUACUUUGUAAUUGUAAAUUGUGAAUUGCACAUACAGGUGAUGUAAACCGGACAGCCAGUAGGAUAGCCAAAAACGAACCAUCACCAUCACCAGGUUUUUGUUGUCGUUUAAUCGACAGCGACACACGUGCAAUAACGAUAAGAUUAAUCGCAUAAGAAUCUUGUUCACCGAUUGGGGGAAGCGAAUUGGAUAAGCUUGGCAGGGAUUAGGGUGAGAUUAUUAGGCCGAAAGCCCCAGACCGGAAACUGCAAUUGAGUACAACAAGCAACUCUAUACACUACACACAUAGAAAGACACAUAUUUUGACUAUUUUUUUAACGUUUAUUAGAGUUUCGCGUUAAACGAAAUGAUAGCCAAUAUGGAAAAUAUGCAAAAAUGCGUUAAGCUAGUCCGACAGCGGCAGGAGGCAGACAGCGGGAAUUAGUAGUAAGAAACAAAUGGAUAGAAACACAAAACCGCGUCAGGAAUCUAGAAUCAGGGAUAACAUGAUAAGGGUGAUAAAAACGAAGAGAAAUCGGAAAUUGAAAUUUUUGUUUUGUGUUUGUGUGUGUGCAAAAUUUUGUAAAGAAAAUAAGUGCUGUUUAAUCUGGCCUCACAUACUACAGCACUCGUUACCAUAUGGUUGUGUAAUUAUUGUUUAAAGCAUAACUUUGAAAAUUCUUAGCUAGUGUAACGGUUUCUUCACUUCACAGUUCCAUGAGAGCUGUAAAAUUCCAAGCAUGUACUUUAAAUCUUUCUAACCUAACAACUUAACUUUACAAUCGCGUUACGUCUCGUUUAACUUCUCUAGAAUGGUUUUUAUUGUUUUUUUCGCACACGAUAGCUUUAGAACUUAACAACAAGAGCCCUAAAUUGCUCUUACAUUUCGACUCCAACCAUAGAGAGAUUAGUUGUAGCACAGCAAACACAUCAUAUCAGUGUGGAUAAUAUUGCGACCGACCGGAAGGUAGCUUUCCCUGUGCAAUGAUGAAUGAUUAAUGUGAUAUAAAGAAACAACAAAAAAAAGCUAUCAUUGGUCGUCCGUGGUGAGUUACGAUUGUAACCAAGAGAUAGGGGGUUUGUUUUCUUUUACAUGUCCAAUAUGGUGUCCAUAUUUAAAUAAGAACCGAAUGAGGCUAUAGAAAUAGAGAGGGAAGAUGUACACCAGAUUCACCAAAUAGCGACUAUGAAGUUGUACAAUAAACGUUUAAAAGGAGUUUUAUUUUACCUAUAAA